AUGAAGGAGCAUAUCCUCAGUCAUUUGAAAACCUCCUUCUGGAGGCUGUUUACUGGAGGACCAGCACUUAGACUCUUACGAGAGACUUUAGACAAAUUCCUGCCUCCGAAUGCCCACGAGCUGGUGUCUGGAAAGCUGCACAUUAUCCUCACCCGCCUGCACGACUGGAGAAGCGUGACAGUGUCCGAGUUUGCCUCAAAGGAGGAGCUGAUUCAGGCUGUGACGUGCAGCUGCUUCCUCCCGCUGUAUUUUGGGUUUUUCCCUCCAACGUUCCGUGGGGUGCGCUACGUGGAUGGGGAGCUGGCCAUGUGGAGAGCUGACUUCGUGUCCCGCACCACCAUCACCAUCUCUGCCUUCGCCGGCGAAUACGACAUCUGCCCCAAGGAUGGCCCUGCUGCAUUCCUGACCUUCCAGCUCUCUGACUGUAUCUUCCAGAUCUCAAAAAUGAACAUUUGCCGCUUAUUAUACGUUUUCCAGGUUCCCUCACGUCAGGUCAUGGACCGCUUUUAUAUCCAGGGCUACCAGGACAUGAUCUCCUUCCUAAAACGCCUCAGGGAUUUCCAGGUGAAUUACUUUGAGGGCUUCACACUUUCCUUGGCUCAUGAGGAAACCCUGCACCUGAAGCCACAGCUGAGGGGUCUUCACUCCAGAGCCACAGAUCAUGAGGAUGACACCACAGAGAAUCCAGGGGUCGGCCAGGCAGCAGGUGGAAGGGGCUACAGGGAAGCUGGAGAGGGACCUCUCAUCAGGAACUGCAGGAGGACAAGGAUUGGAAUGUGCUGCCUGGGCCAGGAUCAGCCCUUCCUGCUGAGGAGGGAGCCACUGGGAUGUGAGGAAACAUGGAGCAGCCAAGAGGGAACUGAGGAGCCCAGGAUCUAUGGAGCAUCUUCAGGAUCUAUUAUAGCUACAGCAGGAUUGUGUGGACGUGAUCUGGAUGAGAUAAUUGAGUACUUCCUCAGUCGCUUGAAAAUCUCUUUCUGGGGGCUGGUCCAUGGAGGAAGGGUACCUAGACUCUUACGAGAGACCUUAGACAAAUUCCUGCCUCCGAAUGCCCACGAGCUGGUGUCUGGAAAGCUGCACAUUAUCCUCACCCGCCUGCACGACUGGAGAAGCGUGACAGUGUCCGAGUUUGCCUCAAAGGAGGAGCUGAUUCAGGCUGUGACGUGCAGCUGCUUCAUCCCACUGUAUUACGGAUUUUUCCCUCCAACGUUCCGUGGGGUGCGCUACGUGGACGGGGAGCUGGCCAUGUGGAGAGCUGACUUCGUGUCCCGCACCACCAUCACCAUCUCUGCCUUCGCCGGCGAAUACGACAUCUGCCCCAAGGAUGGCCCUGCUGCAUUCCUGACCUUCCAGCUCUCUGACUGUAUCUUACAGAUCUCAAAAAUGAACAUUUGCCGAUUACUGUACAUUUUUCUGGUUCCCAAACGUCAGGUCAUGGACCGCUUUUAUAUCCAGGGCUACCAGGACAUGAUCUCCUUCCUAAAACGCCUCAGGGAUUUCCAGGUGAAUUACUUUGAGGGCUUCACACUUUCCUUGGCUCAUGAGGAAACCCUGCACCUGAAGCCACAGCUGAGGGGUCUUCACUCCAGAGCCACAGAUCAUGAGGAUGACACCACAGAGAAUCCAGGGGUCGGCCAGACAGCAGGUGAAGAGGAAUAGGAAGCCCCACAACACCACCUUCUCCACCCCCAGGAAGGGCCAGGCUGAAGAGCAUUUCUGAGCCCGCUGCUGCCUUUGGCCCCACUUUCUGAGGAAAUGAGCAACUUGGAACCCAGCCUGAAGGCUGAGCCUGACCUGCCCCAAGGAGCACAUGGACUGUGCCAGCAAUGUCUCAGCACAGGCAGGGCCACAGCUCCCGCAUGCUUCCCAUCCUCCACCCCUGGAGGAGGCAUUCCAGGCUGCUUCUAUCCCCACUGGGUGCAGCUGGGCUUGCCACUUUGCUUCCCUGGCAUGAAACAAGCUCCUGCACCAGGUGAUUCCAGUCAAUGCCAAACUUGGUCUCUAGCCACUGCCUCUGGCAAAGCCUCCCUUGCCAUUAGCUCCAAGCUCAUGUCUCCAAGAGGAGGCAGCACCAGCUCUGCUUGCUUGAAAAGAUGAGGGAUUAAUAAACCAAAACCCAGCUGACUGGAA